AUGAAUUUUCAGGAAAGUGUACCAUCUUUUUCUACUAUGUUGAUCCCUGAUUUUCCUACUUAUGAUGAGUAUACAACAGGUAAUCCAAGUAUAUAUUUUCCACAAGAUCACAAUGGUGAAGAAAGUGAGGAAGUGAGGGUUAUUCCAUCUCAGGUUUUUCCUUCACAAACGUUGAAAGAUAGAAGACCACGAACAAAGAAUUUUACGAAACAAGAGGAUGAGAUGCUUAUCUCGGCAUGGCAAAAUAUAUCAUCCGAUCCUAUCAUUGGAGUCGAUCAAACUAAUGGAACCUAUUGGGAGAGAAUACACAACUAUUUUACGAAGUACAAAGAUUUCCAAUCAGACCGCAGUUGGAACUCAUUGAUGCAUCGAUGGUCUGUUAUUCAGCUUGGGGUUAAUAAAUUUCAAGGAUUCUAUGAGCAAGUGGGUAUACCAAGUGGUUGUUCUGAAGAUGAUAAGAUUUGCCGUGCAAAAAUUAUGUACAAAGACAUCUACAAAACUAACUUUUCGUUAGAGCAUUGCUGGAAGGUUUUAAGAAACUUACCUAAAUGGAAUGCAAGUUUUGCUACCAAAAAGCCAAAAAAAAUUCAAAAGGAUAAUCCAGCAGGAUCUUCCCCGUGUACUCCCGAAUAUGUGGUGUUGGAUGACUCGGAACUCAAAAGGCCAAUUGGAAGGAAAGCUGCAAAAGAGAUGGAGAAAAAGAGGAAAAGAUCAGAAAAUGAACAUGAUGAUGGUGGAGCUGCCAUAUUGGAACAAAUGAGAGCUGAUCAACUAGAAUCCAAAAAGCAGAGGAAUGAACAUCUCAAAGAGAUGAUACAAUUAGCAAAAGAGAGAGCUGAACGUGAAAAAGAAAGAGAUGAACGUGAGAAGAUAAGAGUAACUCAUGAACAAGACGAAGCUGAUGCUGUUCUCCAGAGAUAUAUGAUGUUCUGUUUAGGAAAGAAAGACUAUGAAAAGAGCUGUUGA